GCCCUCUGAGCCCGGCGCUCCCUGGCCCAUGUACUGGAAGCAUGAGAACGCCGCCCCGGCGCUGCCCGAGGGCUGCCGGCUGCCGGCCGAGGGCGGCCCCGCCACCGACCAGGUGAUGGCCCAGCCAGGGUCCGGCUGCAAAGCGACCACCCGCUGCCUUGAAGGGACCGCGCCACCCGCCAUGGCUCAGUCGGACGCCGAGGCCCUGGCAGGCUCUCUGGACAAGGACGAGGGUCGGGCCUCCCCCUGUACGCCCAGCACGCCAUCUGUCUGCUCACCGCCCUCUGCCGCCUCCUCCGUGCCGUCUGCCGGCAAGAACAUCUGCUCCAGCUGCGGCCUCGAGAUCCUGGACCGGUAUCUGCUCAAGGUCAACAACCUCAUCUGGCACGUGCGGUGCCUCGAAUGCUCCGUGUGUCGCACGUCGUUGAGGCAGCAGAACAGCUGCUACAUCAAGAACAAGGAAAUCUUCUGCAAGAUGGACUACUUCAGCCGAUUUGGGACCAAGUGCGCAAGGUGCGGCCGACAGAUCUACGCCAGCGAUUGGGUGCGUCGGGCGCGCGGCAACGCCUACCAUCUGGCCUGCUUCGCCUGUUUCUCGUGCAAGCGCCAGCUGUCUACGGGCGAGGAGUUUGGCCUGGUCGAGGAGAAGGUGCUGUGCCGCAUCCACUACGACACCAUGAUCGAGAACCUCAAGAGGGCGGCCGAGAACGGGAAUGGCCUCACGCUGGAGGGGGCAGUGCCCUCGGAACAGGACAGUCAGCCCAAGCCGGCCAAGCGCGCGCGGACGUCCUUCACCGCCGAGCAGUUGCAGGUUAUGCAGGCGCAGUUCGCGCAGGACAACAACCCCGACGCGCAGACGCUGCAGAAGCUUGCGGACAUGACGGGCCUCAGCCGGAGGGUCAUCCAGGUGUGGUUUCAAAACUGCCGGGCGCGUCAUAAAAAGCACACACCUCAGCAUCCCGUCCCGCCCUCCGGGGCGCCGCCGUCCCGCCUCCCCUCCGCCCUGUCCGACGACAUCCACUACUCCCCGUUCAGCAGCCCCGAGCGGGCGCGCAUGGUCACUCUGCACGGCUACAUUGAGAGUCAGGUACAGUGCGGGCAGGUGCACUGCCGGCUGCCUUACACCGCGCCCCCCGUCCACCUCAAAGCCGAUAUGGAUGGGCCGCUCUCCAACCGGGGUGAGAAGGUCAUCCUUUUUCAGUACUAACACUGCCGGCCCUUCCGCACCUGUCCAUGGGCACCCCACAGCUGCCCCUCAGCCGCUGAUCCAGUGUCCAAGCCGCUGCCAGGGAUCACCUGCUCCACAUCCACCCCUCGUCCGCCAUCCUGCCCGCAACCAGCUGGGCCCCUGGGCCUGGCCUUCCCCUCUCCUGCUGAGAACCAGAACCCACCAGGAGCACCGCAGAGUCUUCCUCUCAGAAGGCAGAGCUCCCUGAAAUUUGGAAUCAGGGUGAAAAGAACAGCCCAUUUUUUCCCACGUAGACAAGAGUCAUCUUCAACUUAAGCUGAUUACAAUAGCAAAAGGUGAAAUUGAAUUGUGUGACGCCAACAGCCUCCUAAUUUACAGGUUUUCUUUCCCGCCCCAUUGGCCUUUAUUUACUACUUCCUUGGAACCAUCUCUGAAUUCUGAAUAUCCGACAACCCCCAAUGUUAUCCACUCUGUCGCUUUUGUCUGGAAAACUCUACAGUGUUUGUGGGAUGUCCCCAAAGGAAAGCUAUGUUCUAAUUUUAUCAUUUCCAUCUGUCUGGUUAUGUCAAGUUAAUUCAGAGAGAGAAGAGACAGUGACCAACCCUGAGAGGCCCAAUAGGGCAGAGAUGGAGGCCUGCCCAGACCAAGAGGCAGGGGGAUGGGCGGGGGCUGCGGGAACAGAGAUCCUCAUUGGUUUGGAGAUCAAGAAGGAUGUGGCACAUUGGGCUGGGAGAGGCACUAGCCAUUUUAAGGAGAGGAAAGAGAAAACCUGGGGUGUGUGGGGUAAUGCACACCUAGUUAUCCAGCACAUACCUGGAGACACAGCAGAGAAGGUGUUUGAUCUGUUUGAUGACAUUUCUGAAUGUUUGGGCAGGUUAGAAUCGGGGGCCCUUGUUGGCUACUUGUUGACUCCUGAUAGGGGUGCUUGGGCCACGUCUUCUUUGGGGGGACCGCUCAUGGGGGGCUUGGAAACAGAGCCCAAGGAAAUGGCAGUCAGAAUGUUCAUCCUGGACCCAUCUCUGAGUAGGAGAGGGUGCCGCUGCCUAGGUGAGUGUGCCAAGCCCAGGAUUCUAGCUGGCGCUUCUGGGCCUCCCCACCAGCCCUGCCCAGAGCCAGCCCCACCCACUCCUGAGAAUGGAGGCCAGACACAGCUGUGCUCACAUCCUCCCUACACUGCUGCAACUCUUCCACCUCAAACAAAAGGGCUUGGGCUGCACAAGACCAUGAUUUAUGUUUUCAGGGGAUGCCCAUUUGUCCCAAGCUUGUCCUGUAAUUUUAGAAUUACUUGGUGUCCUAAUGCAUUUCCCACUAGAGGCUGCUAAUAAGCAUGUUUUAGCCCAAGUCCUCCUUCCUGCUCUGGUUAACCUGAUAACGUUGCUUUUGGAAGGAGACUCUGGGACAAGGACAGCAAGGUCAUGGUACAUAUGUAUCUGCUGUCCCUGGUUUCACCCGUGGCAGACAUCACUAAUCGAUUGCAGCACUGUCUAUCUCACUGAGUCUGGAUAAGGUUUCAGAAUCCAAAUGCUUGAAGCUGGCACUUCAAAUGAAAACCUAUAUGCCAUUCUUGCUCUGGGUCCAGGGGGAGGGCUAGGCACGGGGUGCAGCCCAAGAAGGGAACCUGCUUCCUGUCCCUUCUGAAGAUGGUUCCAGCUGACUCAGGGCAAAGAGAAGGCAUCACUCACAAUGUGGUCAGUGCAGCUCAGUCCAGGGCUCAUCCAGUGAAUACUGUUACCAGGCCCUGCGCUGGGUACUGAUGGUAACAGGAGCAGCUUAAGCCUGAUCCCUGGUGACUGGAGGGCUCUCAUCCUUCCUUUUAUUUUUGCUCCUAAUGAUCAAAGCCCCAAGCACAACCAUGUGGUCAGUGGCCAGCCGAGCCCUGCCCAGGGUCACCCACUCUGCCUUGAGCCUCCCCCUGGGGUCUGUUCCUUGCGUGGGUCACGUGGUCGUAGCAUGUUGCAGUUCAGACAUGUCUCCACUAGCCUGUUAGAGCAGCCUGGGAAUGUACAGGCCAUCAAGACUAUUUAUUUAAAUACAAAACAAAAGGGGAAAACACACACACACACACGGAAAAAAAAUUGUAAGCACUUUUUUUGUAAAACCAAUGUCUGUUUUGUUACAUACCUUUCAUGUUGUGCUUUGUAAAUGUCUUAUUUGUGUAAUAAAUAAAGUUAACGCAAGUAGAA